AAUGAUUUCUCUAGACAGGAACGGGAAAUUGAAAAUGACUUUCUAUCUAGUUUGGCUGGACAUUCUCCUGUUUCCGAAUCAUCUCAGAAUUCGACUAGAUUUAAAUCGCUUGAUUUGUCUUCUACAAAAUCUCAAGGGAUAAAGGAUCAAAAUCUUAACUCAGAACGCAAUCAUUACUCACAUUCUUUUGGGAAUUCUCCUUAUAAAGUUCAUUCCAGUCAAGCUAUCGAAAAUGGCUUCGCUAAUGGCAUGGAAUUGAAUUAUGCCAGUUUAAACGAACCUGCUCCGUGUCAAAAUAUGCCGUCCUCUCUGCACCACUCAUCUUCAGAACCUGUUAUUUCAAGUCGUUUGUCUCCAAACAACUUAUCUGUUCAACCUACCUUGAGUACUGUUAGUCCCUCCUACGACAAAAUAUUUCAGCAACAGCAAGUUCAAAUGUUACAAGAAUACGCUGCUACUAUGGUUCUUUACUAUCCUCAUCUGUUCGCAGGCCUCCUAAACCAUCCAAACAUGCUUCCCAAUGAUUCGGGAAUGCAACCUCCCACAUCUCACACUUCAAAUAACUCUUUAUCCAAUCGUCCUCAAUUUUCACAACAUUCACAAAUUCCCCACCGUCCCCCUUCACCUGCCCAAUCCCCUUUCGCUAGUCGAGACACAGCCACACCUAACUCGAUCGGAGAUGUAUCUAGGGGAGGACCUACGCCAUUCACCAUCACUUCAUUGGCCGGAGUUUCGUCCAACUCACCAUCAACGUCAAAUACUGGUGUUCGUGAUUCGGCAGGCUUACAUUCCAUUCAUGAGCGAAACCAGCUCCAUCGACAGGCUACUAGUGGCCCAGCCCCUAUCGCCAGCUCGUCUAGGUCAACUUCACAUCCUGUAUCAUCUCUCAGUUCCGACGACUUGCAGAAUUUUAUGGCCAUGGCAAUGGCCUCAAUGGCUAUGCUUGGCUCGGCCGACCCUCGACAUAACUCUCUUCUGGCUCCUGAAGCAUUGCAAGCCUUGCAAAAUGGAUUUGCUGACCCUUCUGCUGCAAAUUCUUUUCUUGCAUCUUUAGUCUCUUAUUCGCAAUGCCAACAACAACAACAACAGCAGCAGCAAUUUCAAUAUCAGCAGCAUUACCAACAACAACAACUUGCUGCAGCCCAUCGCCAGGAGGAGCAAGCUACCAUGCUUGCUAUGAUGGCAGCUCAGCUCCAACUGCUGCAGCAUAUGAGCUCUCUGGCUUCAGGUGGUCAUUAUACUCAGCUACAACAGCUCCAAAAUCAACUUUCCCUUUUGUCCUGUACUCCUGGCUUUGAAGCGAUCUUUGACCUCAACAACCGGUAUCAACAGCAGCAGCAAAUUCCCCAAACGUCACAUCACCAUACUCAUCCAAAUCAACAAAAAAGCCAUAAUUCCUACAAUUCUCAUGACCAGGGAUUCAAGGGGCCAUAUGGUUCCGGGUCCAUUGCAUUAUCUAGCCCUUCUCGCUCAAAUGCUUCUCCCUCUACUGGAUCCAGGACGAUGGUCAACUCUGGAAAAACUACCUUAUGUGGACAGAACCAUGUCACUGGUGUAUCUGAGGGCCGAAAUAGCGGGAUUUCACCUUGCGAGUCUGUAAAUACAGCCUCAGGAAGCAGGAGUGGGGGCCUUGAGGAUUGGCGAUCGGACGGCUCAACGGGUUCACGCAGAAGUCAGCACUCCUCACCUCCACCUUUGUUGCCGCCACCACUUUCACGACCACCACGGGCCAGCCACACCAACAAUCGACCACCCUCUCAAGCUGGUCCACAAGUAGGCAGCUCUAACGAGGCCGACAAUAUUGCGCUUACUAAUGAUAUUUUUUCGAGUCCCGCAAACAGGUUUUCUGCAAACGGCGUUCUCAAUAAUGCUCUGACCGCCACUCCUGGACAAUCUUGUUGCCUCACCUCACCAACAGACACCAUUACCACUAUAAGCGUUCCUAAAAUGAAUACCAUCUUCCCCUCUAGCGACAGUAGUGGUAGCCUCCGAGAUAUGAUCACUUCUCAAGCGCCCCCUCUAGUGGUCUCAGCCUCCGAGUGCGUCAAGCCCACUUCUUUCGGCUCCUUCAUGGAGCCUAACACUCCGGCAUCCGGUACUAGCUUGGGUGUGUCCAAUUCGUUAGCCUCAAUGAUGGGCCAACUGGCCGGCACAGGAACUUUAUCUCAAGGUGAGUUAGCAACAACUCUCAAUUUUCUUUGA